AUGUUUUUUAAAAAAUCAGGGUAUAGAAUUAAUAUUAAUGUCAAAAGCUAUGAAAACCCUAAAAUAUUUGGAAGACUUCGACGUGAACCCAAUAAUUUAUUAAUUGCCAAAACACCAAAAAAUUUCAAAAUAAAACAUAAAACUUUUAAAGAUUUUAAUAAAGAUAAAUCUAAAAAGAAAUUAGUUCAAAGUUUUAAAGAAUUUCCUAAUCCAAUAAGAGAAUUAUCAUUAAAUUAUAAAUUAAUUGAGAUAAAAUGGGAAAGAGAUUUUUAUAAAUAUAAAGUUUAUGGCCCUGAAAGAUAUAUAGAAUAUUCAACAUGUCGUUGUUUAUUUUUUUCAACACCUGGUUAUAAUAAUUUACAAUAUUCUUUAAUUGAAUUAUUCUCAAAUUUAACUGAAAAUUUCCAACGUGGUAUACCUGCUUUUUUAAACACUGAAUGUUUUGGUAAUGGAUUAGAUAUGAUUGAAGAUCAUAAAGUAUUAAUGAAGAUCAUCCAUGAAGAAAAAAAUUCUCAAAUACCUUUAAAAAUAAUAUUUGAAAGUUUACUAACAUACAUCUUAUCAGAAGAAUAUGAAUCUUUAAUUUUAAAUGAUAACUUAUAUGAUCAUAAGGUGAAAGCAUAUGAAUUUAAUUAUCAAAAUCAACUUAAAAUUAUGACAAUAUGGGGUGAAAAGCUUACAUCUAGAAAUGAAAAAGUAAUGUUGGAACAAUUAAAUUAUAUGAUAUCAAAUGAUGUAUUAUCUGAACCUCCAAAGAAUAGUACAAUGACAUUGAUUCCUGGUUAUUUAAAUUAUAAUGUUUCAAAACGUAAUGAUAAACUUCCACCAAGUUAUGGAUUAAGUAUUAUGAAAGGAUAA